AUGGAGAAGUGGAGGAAUAUCCCAUUUUCAAAAGAAGAAGAGGAGGGCGUAGAAGCAGAGCCAGAUGAAGUUAACGGCGACGACUCAUUUCAACGGUCACUAGCAGGGAAGCUAUGGACAGACAGCAGCUUCAACAUUCGGGCGUUUAAGAGUACUAUGGUGGCGGCCUGGAAACUUAGGAACCCAGUUGAGAUUCAGGAACUGAGCAAAAAUCUGUUUGUGUUCAAGUUCUCAACAAAAAGAGAUCUGGAAUCGGUGUGGAAGAAUGGCCCAUGGAGUUUUGAUAGAGCCCUUUUAGUCCUCUCGAGAAUAACGGGAGAGGAGCAACCGGCGGAUCUAAGCAUGCACUACGGUGUCUUCUGGACGAGGGUUUAUGAGCUUCCCUUGGUCUUGAGAUCUGAAGCUAUGGCGAGGAAGCUGGGGAAUAUAAUGGGCAACUUUGAAGAAAUGGACACUAAGGAGGCUUACCGAAAUGGCAGAUUUCUCAGGAUUAAAGUCUCCCUGGAUCUGAGAAAGCCAUUGAAGAGAGGGACAGUGGUGAAAUUCAAAGAGAAAAAUCUAAGGGCUCAUUUCAAGUAUGAGCGACUUCCUACAUUUUGCUACAUAUGUGGGAGAAUUGGCCACCAGCUGAAGGAUUGUGAAUCCUUGGAGGAACUGAAUGAAGAAGGCUUUGAAGAUCUUGAUGAACAAGAUCUCUCGUUCGGGAACUGGCUAAGAGCAUCUCCGCUCCCUAAGAUGGUGGAGGAACAAAAAUCUAAAGAGUCAAGCUCUGGCACAUGCAGCAAAAAUUUGUUCAAUGCUCCCUCUAGCCAGAGUAGAUGCGGCACGAAAGAAAAAGAAAAAGGAAGAGAAGAGGCGGAGGUAGUCCAAAGUAGAUUGAAAGAGACAGGUGCGGGCGAAGGUGAUCCUCCCCAUUCAAAGCGGAAGGAAACAUUGGUGGAUGUAGAAGGAGUAGCGGAGUCGUUGGAAGCAGUCCUGUUAACGGCGGUAGAUGACAAUCCGAUGACUAAAACUGACUCAGCUGGCACCAAACCUAGGAAGUGGAUUAGGAAAAAGAAUGUUAAGAGAGCAGGUAAUUCCAGUCAGUCUAACAAAGCUCUAGAGGUAGGGAAGAGACAGCUUGUUGAAGUCCAGAUUAUGGAGGGCUCUGUGGAGGAUAUGGGGAUAGGUGAUAGGAAAAGGAGACAAGUUGGAGACAAGGAGAAAACUCAAGAAACAAGACCAGAGGUGGUGUUGGUAGACCAACACCGCCUGCCCCAAUGA